UAUUCGUAUAACUAGCAAUACAGAAAAUCUACAGAAUAAAAUAUAAAUAUUUAAUUAGCGUUAUAAAUAUUUAAAAAAUCUAACAGUCUUUGAUUUCAUCUACUAUUUUUACCCAUAGUAAUGUAUCAAAAGGCCAUGUUCAAUUUACAUACAAAACUACGAGUUCAAGUUUAUAUUGCCUAACGUAUUACAAGAAAACAAUGAAAUGAAGACACCAAAUGUCAGCCAAAUAAAUUAAAAAACGUUUAUAAAGACACGAAAAGAGAACGAUCUGUAGUAGUAUCUGAGCAUUCAAUCACAAUAUAUCACUCUCUCUAAUAUGUCUCUCGAUAUUAAUGAUAACGAAGUUGCUGAUAAAAGUGGCGUUAAACCCGAGGUUACGUUCAAUGACAGCAAAAAUAUCAUCAUUACAAAAAAAAUAGGAACUGAUUAUUCGUAUAAACACAAAAUUGUGUGGAAAAAUGCCAUUGGUUUUCUAUUCUUACAUAUCAUGGCUUUGUGGGGACUAUCGAUAUUCGCUUCUGGAGGCAUCAACUAUAAAACAUAUUUAUGGAUUAUAAUCCUGCUGUUUGUCAGUACGGAAGGAGUAACGAUAGGAGCUCAUAGGCUUUUUGCACAUAAAUCAUUUAAGGCAACGCCUCUAUUGAAAGCCAUUUUAAUAAUUUUUCAAACAAUGGCCGGGCAGAACUCCGUUUUCAUCUGGUGUCGCGAUCAUCGUCUGCAUCACCGCUAUGCGGACACCGAUGGUGAUCCUCACAACUCUAAAAGAGGAUUUUUCUUUAGUCACAUCGGUUGGUUGAUGAGCAAAAAACAUCCAUAUGUCAUGGGUCUGGGACGAAGAAUUGAUAUGAAAGACCUGGAAGCAGAUUGGAUGGUAAUGUUCCAAAAAAAAUACUAUUACUAUUUAUAUUUUGUGUUUGCUGUAAUCAUUCCCGUUGGCGUGCCGUAUUAUUAUUUGGGAGAAUCAUUUAAGAAUUCUCUUCUAGUUUGCUAUUUCUUUCGUUAUUUAAUUCUAUUAAAUGGAACAUGGCUAGUCAACAGCGCGGCUCAUCUUUAUGGAACAAGACCAUAUGACAAGAAAUUGCAACCUGUGGAAUCGUGGUUCGUCUCUUUCAUAAGUUUAGGUGAAGGCUGGCAUAACUAUCACCACGCUUUCCCUUGGGACUACAAAGCCGCUGAAUUGACAAUGCAUUUUAAUCAGUCAGCUAAUUUUAUAAGAAUUUUCGAGAAGCUAGGAUUAGCUUAUGAUCUUAAAACUGCAUCACCAGAAAUGGUUGCCAGACGAAUCAUUAAAACUGGAGACGGUACCCAUUAUGCGCUCGGCAAUGAAAAAGACAGAAAUGCAGUUACUGCUAUCGGAAUCCUACAUCCUCUAAAUCCAUCCUACAAUACCGUAUAUAAAGCACCUGAUGCAGUUUUAGAAGAUAAAGGAUUACCUUUGUACCACGAAAAUGAUGUCAUUGAACAAAACGUACUUAAGAGAAAAGUUGUUGCUGGUUGAUUUUGUACUAGCUUAGAAAUAAUUUCUUUCUUUAAUCUCAUUAUAAUUAUACUAUAUAAUAUUAAAAAUAAGUAAUUACAAUAUGAUAAAAUAGAAUUAAGUUAUCAAAUAUAUAUUUUUUUAAUUUUUUUUUAUUAUCAAAUAAAAGUUAUAGAAAUAUUUUAUAA